AUGGAAAACAAACAAUCAGACGGCCAAAAGCAGACGGGUCUUGCCGGUCUGCCGACAGAGCUCCUGAUUCAAGUAUUCAGCCACCUGGAUCCGCAAACACUUGAGGAAAUUGGGCUGGUGUGCCACAGGUGGCAUAAUCUGAUAAAGGACAACACCGUAUGGUACCGGGUGUUUGUUGCGCGCCACCCGCGGACGGCGCCGGUUUUCUCCGCCGCAGUGCGCACCAAGUCCUGGCGCAUGGAGCUCAUCCGCAGGGACGAGCUGCUCGCCGCCUGGAACAAUGGGCGCUCUACCCUGCGCACGUACAGCCUUGCGCGCGACCUGCGCCGCCCCUCGCGUAUACUUGCGGAUUUCCGCCGCGGGCGCAUGCUCGCCUACGACGCUACCAUGGGCGGUCUUUUAACUUGUGACAUCUCUUCUGGGCGCGGAAUAUCCCAUGCGCUAUGUUCGAUUCCCGCCGGCUGCACCACUUACAGUGUGGGCCGCCACUUUAUGAUAUUCGGGCGCUGGGAUGGGUCUGUGUACGGGUCUAUUCUCGAGCGCAAGAACAUCUUGUGCGCAGGCCUGCGCAGCAUGCAGACUGCGCCGGGGCGCCACAACAGCCUCAUCACUGCAUCCGCAGUGUGCCGCGGGGAUUUGCCAAAACAAGGAUUGCCCGGCGCAUUCACAGGCGAUAUCCAAGGUAGCAUCCAUGCGUGGGAUGCGCGCACUGGCGAGUGCUUAGCACAAAUUGCCCUCGGUGGUCUAGCGCAUGCGCAACCAGCCCGGGUGGCGCCUGCCGCUGUGCUACCCUCAGGAGACGUACCACCAAGUCAAAAUGCAGUAGUCAGGCUGGACUCAGACGGUCGCCGCUACCUCGUGGCCUUGCUGAGUUCUGGAAACGUGUAUCUCAUCGAAAAUCUCUUCUGCGCUUGCGAGCGCACUGAGCGCACACCUCGAAUCUCUAAAAUUGGCCUGUUCAAGAGUCCCGGGCUCAGCGCAGAGCCAAGCAGCUGGGUCGGAGUACAGAUAUGCGCUGACUACGGAGGUCAGAACGUGGUCGUUUACAACCAGGACCGGUUCGAGGUGUUCCCGUUCCAUGGAGAGUCGUCUAGCGUGUUGGCGCUGGCGCCAGGGCAGCAGAUCAGCCUUGCAGCACUCGAGUGCGGCGACCACGCCAUGGUUGCGCGCGAGCGCAGCAUUGUCGGCGGCGACCCGCUACUGAUGGCCGUUGUCCUGCGCUCGGGCCUUGUGCUGAUUGUGAACGUGCGCGCAGCCAGUUUCGUCUUGCAGCCACUGGCGCGCAUCGAGCCGCAGCUUCUGCGCCGGUGGAGCGAUGCGCAGGGAGCGCCAGACCCGGCCGCCGCGCCAAUUACCGCUGUCGCACUAACCGGAUUGGUGGUGGUCGUCGGGUUCAGAGACGGCGCUGCGGAAAUGUAUGAUACGGUGAGCGGUGAAUUUUGCCGCCAAGUCAGCGAUGGACCCAGCCGCAGGAUGCGUACGGGUGCGAGCGCAGGUGGCGCAGGGGCGGAACUUCCUGUUUCGACCAUUCUUUUAGACGAUCAAUCUGCCGCAGGGUUGCUUGAGCUAGGGCCGGUGAUCCAAUUCUUUGAGUUUGGUGACUGUUACAGUCGCCAGCAUUACAGCGGCCACCGAAUUAGGAAAAAAAGCCGCCAGAGAGAAAAGAAAGCGGUUGAUGAUGAGAUUAAAAGCCGUGUGCGCGACUACGAAUACCAGGAAGCGCAACUAGAGCGCGAGUACGAUAUGGUUGCACAGUACAAUGGGGAGGAUACUACGGGCGCUGAGCAGUUGCAGAUGGCGCUUGCGCUCAGCGCAUCGUUGCAGUCGAGCGAGCAGGGUGAGAACACGAGUCCUGGUGGAGAUGUGACGCCGGACGAGAUGCGGCAGAUCGAGCGCAUCGAGCGCACGGAGGAGCGGCAGCGCCGGGAGGAAGCGCAAGUAGCGCAGAUAGCGCAGCAGCAGGAGGAAGCGCAGGCGUGUCAGCGCCAGGAGGAGGAGGAUUUGCGCCUGGCGAUCCGGCUCUCCCUGCUCGACACAGGCGCUCCGCCAGCGCAGGGGAGCAGCGAUGACAAUCGGAUUAACAAUUGA